GCUAUCUCAGUGAGAGGUUGCGCUGCCUUUCUCUGUUGCAACUCUACCGUGUUGUGUCGCGAGACGUUUCUUCGCGGUAUUUUGAGUUUGCCAUACCUAGUGGAACUUUUCCCGCUAGGAACACGUUCAUUAGCAUCAUCACAUUAAUAGAUUUGUGAGCAUAACUAGCGUGACACCAACCUGACAGAGCUCCCUCGGUCGCCGGGCUCUUGUUCCCCCUGAAAUAAGUGUACUUGCCUCCAGGCACGCAUACUCGUGCCGACCAGAGAGACUAGAAGUGUGUGUGACCGAACUCUACAGCCACCACAGGUGUCUCGCGUAACUGUCUGUCCAGGUGUGUGAGAGUGUUGCCCCUCCCUGCCGCCACCGCCGACCGCACCAACGCACCCCCACCUGCCCUUCACGUCUCCUCUACAGCACUACAAGCUAACGCAGACUCCAACAGAGUCGUGGAGCUUCCCUCGGUUGUAGGAGUGGAAGGGGACAACCAUGGACAAGAUAUCAUCAUUAGCGAACAUGCCACCAGCUGGCGAUGGUGGUGGGCCGCCCAGGAAGCGGUCUACUGACCAGCUGAAUGAAGACAUGGAGCGUAUGUUUGAGAAUGAAGGGGCCAAGGAGGACUUCUCCCUGAGCCAACUCUCCUCCCCUGCCAUGGCCUCCAACCCUUGGUCUCCUGGCUAUGAUGAUGACUCUCAGGUCCGUGAGGCUGACGACACACGGUUCCAUGAUAGUGACAUCAAGUACCACCGCAGUGAUACCUUCCCCCAUGUGCAUUCCCCCCUCAAGCCCCAGUACCGCGCAGGGAGUCGCCGCGGCAGCCGCAAGUCACGCCACUCUGAGUCGUCACAGGACGCUGAUAAGCAUGAGAAGGAGGAGGAGGAGCCAGAAACAGCAAAGUUGUUAGAGAAGGAUGACAAGGACAGUGGUAAGGAGAAGAAGGACACUGGAGUCCUCUUCCAAAUUGGUGACCCUGAGGUUGGUGAAGGAUGGUCUCUCGGGAAUGAAGCACGUCAGAAGGAUCCAACAAUGGAGUCAGAUGCAGAGGAACAUUCCCCACUCCUUUCUGAAGUUGCCAAGCCUAAGCCCAUUAUUCGAAUGGCUGAACCCGAACCAACAUACAUCGAUGAUUCAGGUCGAAAGAAGACUCGAGUCCAGUUUGACAUCGAAGUGAUCACUAUUGUAACUAAAAGGUUUCCAGGUGAGGAGGAGCAGCCUGACCUGGAGCACAGGAUCCGUAAAAAGCGGUCCCACAAGAGGAGGGUGAAUGAUACUGCUGAGGACCCAGCCUGGAGGCGUCAUCUGGGCAGCGAGCACAACCUGCAGUCUUGUGCUUCAACUUCAUCAGCCCCAACCACAGAGGAGGAGGCCAUGAACCUUGCUGAACAUGACCUGGAUGUGAUGUCUAGCCAUAGGUUUGAUGACCGCAGUGCCUAUCGGCGGCCCAAGGUCCGGGCACGCUCCUCUGUGUCUUCCAUCAUUCAUGUGAGUGAUAAAGACGAUGCUCAGGUGAAGAAGAAAGCUAAAUCUACAAGUGAUCGGCAGCUACCCAUCAUGAAGAAGAGCUAUGACCACAGCCCUCAUGAGGUGUUUGUGGAGCUGGAUGAGCUGAAGUACACUGAGGCAGGGCUGCAGUGGAAGGAAACUGCUCGCUGGAUCAAGUAUGAGGAGAAUGUUGAGGCUGUGGACAACCGGUGGGGAAAGCCUCAUCUUGCCUUCCUCAAUUUCCAUGCACUCUUCUCUCUGCGCAGAGGCUUGGAAGCAGGCGCGGUGCUGCUGGAUCUGGAGGAGCGGGACCUCCCAAGCAUCGCCGGCCGGGUUGUGGAUAAGAUGAUUGCUUGUGACCAGAUCCCGGCUGACCAACGCGAGGCUGUGAUCCGAGUCCUGCUCCUCAGACACAAACACAUCCGCGAAAACCAGUCAUCCUUCAGGCUCCCCUCCCUCGGCUCCAAGAGCACCCUAGUCAGUUCCGACGAGAAGCUAUCGCGGUCUGCAACGGCCGGCAGCCUAGACGGCGGCAGCCUGCGGUCCUCGGUGCGCAAGGCCGGCCUUUCAAAUCUUUUCCACGUCAACACCUUCUCUAACUUCCUCCGCCACAACUCCGUCGACGACGCGACCAAUGUCGUAUCCAAUGGUGAUGUCUCAAAGGACAACGUAGCCAUCAAGAGAAGCGUGAGCCACGAGUCCUACACACAGAUUGACAUUGAUGGUGAUGGAGGUAGAAAAGACGAUGUUUGUAAGAAUAAGGAAUUGAUGAAGAAGAUUCCGGAAGGCGCCGAGGCCACGGCAGUACUGGUGGGUGCCGUAGACUUCCUGAAGCACCCCACCAUCGCUUUUGUCAGACUGGCUGAGGGCGUCAUGAUGGACAACCUGGUGGAGGUGCCCAUUCCAGUCAGGUUCAUGUUUGUGCUCUUGGGUCCCUUCCACGGCGAGAUGGACUACCAUGAAGUGGGCCGAUCCAUCUCCACCCUCAUGUCUGACAAAGGCUUCCAUGAGGUGGCUUACCGAGCACACUCACGAGGGCAGCUGCUCUCCGCCAUUAAUGAAUUUUUGAAUGCUUCCAUUGUUCUUCCCCCGACUGACUGGAGUAACAAAGACCUAGUUCCUGUGGAUGAAAUUCAAGAAAAAGCCAGUCAGAUGAUUAAGAAGAAAGAAAGCAUCAGAUCUAAACGCAUGCAGGCAGAGCAAGAAACAGCGGUGGCAGUAGCAGGAGCUGGCGAUGGAGGAGACAAAAAGCCACCCCCUCGAGAUCCUCUAAUCCGUACUGGAAAGCCUUUCUAUGGUCUUGUGCAGGACAUCAAAAUCAGAUAUGCGCUUUACCUCUCAGAUCUCAAGGAUGGAUUGGAUGGUCAGGUAGCUGCAGCAGCCAUCUUCAUUUUCUUUGCUGCCCUCUCAGCUGCCAUCACUUUUGGUGGAAUGUAUGGUGACCAGACAGACAACUAUGUUGGUGUUGGUGAAACGCUCCUUAUUUCUGCUGUAAAUGGUCUCAUCUUUGCCCUGUUUGCUGCUCAACCUCUCCUCAUUGUAGGAGCAACAGGUCCACUCAUGAUAUUUGAUAUGAGUCUCUACUCGUUUGCCAUGACUUAUGAGUUAGAUUUCCUAUCUCUAAGAGUCUGGAUUGGAGUAUGGAUGACAGUGUUUGGUUUGCUAGUUGCUGCAUUUGAAGCUGUUGCUAUUGUGAAGAAGAUGACAAGAUUCACAGAAGAGAUUUUCUCCACCUUGGUGUGCAUCAUCUUCAUCUAUGAAUCCUUUGUGAAGCUCGGCGAAAUCUUCAAAAUGCAUCCUCUUAUAGCGGACUAUGGAAAUAUUACCGAAAUACCAACACAAGUUGCGAUGGCAAACAGCACCAUCUCCGCAACCACCAUGGCACCCAUAAAUGAGACCUCCAUCAGUGGUGUUAUCGAGAACGGAACUCUGCUCAAUGCCACUGACGCCAAUGGUGAUGAGGUGAUUGUGACACUACCACAGCCCAACACUGCUCUGCUCUCCUUUAUUCUUAUGAUUGGAACAUUCAUCAUUGCCUUCAAACUAAAGCAUUUCCGUAACUCAAAGUAUCUGGGACGAAGUGUACGUCGUGCCCUGGGAGACUUUGGUGUCCCAAUCUCCAUUGUCCUUAUGGUUCUCCUGGACUACUUGAUUCAUGACACCUACACUGACAAGCUGACCAUGCCUGCGGGAAUCCAGCCAUCCAACCCAGAAGUGCGAGGAUGGGUCAUCAAUCCAUUUGGUGAAACUAAGCCCCUUCCAGUGUGGUGUAUCUUCAUGGCAGCUCCAGCAUCUCUUCUCCUGUUCUUCCUUAUCUUCCUGGAAGAGAACAUUUGCCACCUGAUUUUGAGCAAACCAGAGAAGAAUAUGGUCAAAGGAUCAGGAUUCCACUGGGAUAUUGUGCUCUCCUGUAGCAUCAACUUGAUCUCAGGAUUGUUUGGUGCUCCCUUCAUGGGUCCUGCUUGUGUCCGAACAGUCUCCCAUACUUCAGCUCUGACAGUCAUGAGCUCCACACAUGCACCUGGUGAAUCACCAAAAAUUGUUGGGGUAAAAGAGCAGCGACUGAGUGCCAUCGUGGUGUCCGUCCUGAUUGGAUUGUCUGUGCUACUGGGAGCAGUGCUUAACCUGGUGCCAAAGGCAGUGUUGUUUGGCAUCUUCUUGUACAUGGGAAUCUCCUCAACAGCUGGCAUCCAGUUCCUUGAGAGACUAAUUCUUGUGUUGAUGCCAGUCAAGCACCACCCUAAUGUUCCCUAUGUAAAGAAGGUACGCACAUGGAAGAUGCACGCCUUUACUGGGAUCCAGCUUCUGAUGAUUGUGAUCUUGUGGAUUGUCAAGCAGUCUCCAGCAGCUCUUUGCUUCCCCUUCGUUCUCAUGCUUCUCAUCCCUAUCAGACUGUAUCUUCUUCCAUACGCCUUCACAAACCCUGAAUUAAGCGCGCUUGAUGGUAAGGAAGCCUCCUCUGCCAUCAGUGAUCCAGAGGAUGAGCCUGACUUCUUCGAGGAGACUCACGGCAUACCUACACAUGUGGAUCACCACCAUCAAAGCUGAGCUGCUGUUGCCCAAAGAUUUGUCCAGUACUGUUACAUUCCUCAGAUAAUUCCAGUUGUUGAUAGGAGGCUUAAUGUUUAAUUCUUUCUUAUUCCUCUUCAACCUUCCUUGAUUCUUUUCUACAAAAUAUCAUUCACUGAUAAGUGUGGUGUUUUCAAAGCAAGAGACUUUGGCUAUGAUACUUAAAAUGGUCUUCUCCUUGAUACGUUUCUAUCAAAAGAGCCUUCAUAGGUAGCCAACACGUACAAGUAGAUGUCUUCAGAGACACUGAAAAGUAACCACAUGGCCACUUGUUUGCACAGAAAUAUUUUUACGCUAAUUUUGAUUUCCUUUACAAAUAUUCAGUAGAAUCAGUCUAUCAGUAGGACUGAAAAUGUGAAGACAGAAUAGGAAUAGUUUUCUGUACUUUAAGGAGAUUUACAAACAUUUUAAAAUGUUUAUAAGUAGACAAAAGGCAAUAUGAUGAAUGUUCCGUCCAGAAAUAUUUACAGAAAUUGCAGUUAAUGAGAGAUUUACAAAAUAGUUAAUAAGUAAUCAAGUAGUUGCUCAAGUUAGCUUAUAGUAAUUAAAAGAAUGUAAGCUAACCAAACUGCGUUAUAUUGAAUACAGUAUUUUAUAGUUUAUGGGUUCUGAAUUAAUACAUCAUUGUGUAAAAAUAUGGUCUUAUCAGAAUUUUUCUUUUCUUGAAAAAAAAUCUUUUCUUCAAGAUAAUUUUUCCUCUGAUUCAUUAAUGGUCCUCAGUGUGCUGCCAGCCAGUCACCUCAUCCUCCUAUAAACAAUGAAAAACCUUGAAAAAAAGUUAGUGCCAAACUUGUUAUUGUUUUUUUUUUUUCUUUCUUUCUUUUUUUUUCUGUGCUGUACAUAAAUACAUUACUGUGACUAGUAAGUUUUUAAGACAUGAAAUCAUCAAACUGAAAAAAUUCAAUAGAAAUCUUGGAUAUUCAAUCAGUAAUUUCCAUCUUUUCAUGCAUUUAUUUGGUUACUAUGUGGACUUCAUAUGCAGUUGAGGGGGGGGCUCUCCCUUAAUGUACGGUCAGAUAUUAGUGUCAUAUGUUUUAUGGUUGUAUUAUUUAUGAAUAAUAAUAAUUAUAAUAAUAAUUUGCAGUUUUAUGCACAAAGAUUCACAUGAAUCCAUUAUGUAUUGCUAUGGGUGAAUAUUUACCAAGAGUAAAUAUUCAUCAUUGGAUUUUCUGUAUAUAAGAGUGAGUACUGUUUACUCCAUUGUUACAUAAAUAUAUAUAUAAUUGAUAAUGCUCAUCUCCAAAUAUUCAUGUAUAUACUUAUAGUGAAAUGAGAAUAUAUAUGAAAACAAAAUG